AUUUUCUCUUUUCUCCAACUAUUUCAUGGAUCUGUUUUUGUUACAAACUGUCUUUAUUUUAUUCUUCAUUUGAUCGGUUUUGAGGUUUGAGGUCGGCGUUGAAUUAUGAAUUCUCACAUGGGUUUAUUUAAUUCUCCAGAAUUUGGUUAUGGAAGUUGUGAAUCGCUUAAAAUUUGUCAAAUUACUUGUACUCAUUUUGAGUUAAUUUGUUGGUUUGGUGUGAUUAAAUUUUCUCAAAUUUGGUUGUAUAUGUAUCUAUAGGAAGUUUUUUAACUUACUCUCUUACGAAUUAUGAUUAAAUUUGUGAAAUGUGUUGGGAUACCUAGCUGCUUUCAGAGUUUUGGAGGUGCCCUUAUAAAAAAUUGUUCAAUUUAGUUUUCCAAAUAUGAGGGAAGGGGAAUUUUUUUGAAGAUCAAGGUUAAUUUACUCGGUAGUUUAACCCUUCGUGUAUCCCUGUACUCACACAUAGACAGAGAGAGAGGUGUAUUAGGUUUCUAUAAUAUUCCUUCUGGGACCUUGUUUGUACCAAAAGUAUAAUCAGUGGAAAAUGACUAGACCUAUUUUGAUUCUUGUAGAUUAAAUAUGCAACCUCAAUCGAGCCUGCUUAACGUCUCUGUUACAUGGAGGGGGAAAAAAUUUGUUGUAGAGAUGAAUCUAGGGGCCAAUGUUAAGGAUCUAGGACAGGAAUUGCAAAAGUUAACUAAUAUCAAUGAAGAUACGAUGCGGUUCAUUAUUCCACAAAUUUCUGGUAGAGCGUCAAAACUGCUGGCUCCAUUUUCAGCGGAGCAUGCAGUUUUAAGUCUGCAGGAAGCUUCAAUUACUGAGGCCAGGUCAAUUAUCAUGAUGGGUGUGUCAACAAAUGAGGUUGAAGAGGUUCUUCAAAGUUCAAAAACAGAUUUAAGAAUAGCUGGAUUUGAGGAUGAAGAGAAGAGAAUGAAACAAAGAAUUUCACACGAACCUCAUAUUUCAUUGAAACUCCCACAAGGGCAGUAUAUAUUUUGUGAAUUUCGCACACUUCAAAUUCCAGGAUUAGAGUUGAAUCCUCCAGCUGCUGAAGCACUUAAAAGAAUGCACAUGCUUGCUGCAGAUCCUGGAAUUGUUGCUGUCAUGAACAAGCAUCGAUGGCGUGUUGGAAUUAUGACUGAGAUGGCUCCUGUUGGUUAUGUUGGUGUGGACCCAAAAUGUAUUCUUGGUUUUAACAAGAACCAUGGAGAGGAAAUAUCACUGCGCCUAAGGACUGAUGACCUCAAAGGUUUCAGGAAAUAUGAAAGCAUCAAGAAAACUCUACUGCAUGAACUUGCACACAUGGUAUACUCUGAACAUGAUGCGAACUUUUAUGCUCUGGAUAAGCAGUUAAAUCAAGAAGCGUCUAGUUUAGAUUGGACCAGAUCUGCAAGCCACACUUUGAGUGGAGUAAGGAAUACUUCAACCUAUGAAGAUAACAUUAUAGCUGACAAAAGCAGUAUUCCUCAAAAGCUUGGAGGUAACAGGACAGAUCAGCUAAUAAGUGCACGUGAAUCUUCAGUUGCUGCUGCUCACCAUCGAUUGGCUAAUGUUUCUCCAAACAAGCUGGGAGGGUCUGAAUUAAAUCAAGAGCUGGAUCCUGGUUAUUCUAGUCAUAGUUUGAGUGAAAACAAAUCUGAUUGUAUGAUAUCUGCCUCCAAAGAAAUCGAAGAUAUUGAAAUGGCUGUCACUGAGAACAAAGAAUAUAGAGGUGAGCCGGACCCUGAUGAUCAUAUUAUCAAUGGAAUGAAUCACGAGCCUGAUCCAGAUGAUUCUCAUCACGGUAAAGUUGUUGAUUAUGAUGUUAGUUCAGAAAUAGCAGAUAGAAAGACUUCUGAACAACCUAAUGAUUUUGGUGUAAGGCAAGUUUUGUAUUCUGAGACAAGUACUGGUAAUAUGGUAGCAUCAUACACAUCCAUUUCCAAUCAAGAUACUUCAGAAGCAUCUACGGAAUCUAUUGCUCCAAUUAUAGAAAUAAAUCUGAUGGCAGAAACUGUUCCCAAUGAUGUUCCCACACCAGAAUUGUCUACAUUACAAACUAAUGAGCCUGAUCCUGAUGAUCAAGAAUUUCAGAGAAUAAAUGAUACCUCAACUGCUGUUUGUAACCGUUUGUUGAAGGCUGUGGAAAUGCUAAGACGUGAAGUUAGUGCAAUGCAAGCCACUUCGAUCCUUCACACUCUCCUGAAAAUAAUUAGGAAUGUGAUUGAACACCCUUUAGUGGAAAAGUACAAGAGAUUGCGGAAGGCUAAUCCAAUCAUUGAGAGGAACAUCCUAAAUAAUAAAGCUGCCUUGGAAAUUCUAUUUCUGGUCGGCUUCAGCGAAGAUGUUAUGUUUGAUAAUCUUGGAAAGGAAGAUGCUUACUUGGUGUUAAAGCGAAAUGAUCCUGGCUUAUUAUGGCUUGCUAAGUCAACCCUUGAAUCAAGCACAGGCUUAGCUUGCUAGCGCAGAAAACGGUUCUGAAAGGCAAAGCAAAAUUGUACGUCAAAGUAUCUUAAAAAUUUCCAUUGUAUAUGAGUUUGUAAAGUUUGUCAGUUUCUCUAUUUAUAGUCACUAUCCAAUAGAUAAAAUUAAACACAGAAACAUAAGGAGAAGGAAGAACUACAUUUGAAGUUCAAACGGAAACCUGGUACUCUCUAUCGGUGGUAAUAUUCGAGUUGUUCAUUGCACAACGUUAGAUGUCAUUUUGUUGUAUUUUAUUGAAUGUAUAUACAUUUCAUGAAUAAAGGGAAAUCCAUGAAGUGUUGUUUGUUUA